AUGUCUGAGAUUGACUAUGAGAAGUUAGCUGAAAUAGAACUGCAGAAGGAUGAAGCAGAAGAUACGCCGUCAGAACAGGGAGAAACAUAUAUACCUCCACUGCUUGAGGAUCCUGAGCUGAAUAUCAAUCACCCUUACUACGAUGUUGCGAGACAUGGCAUCAUCCAGCUGGCAGGUGAUGACAAUUCUGGAAGGAAGGUGAUUACCUUCAGUUGCUGCCGUAUGCCCCCCUCCCAUCAGCUCAAUCACACCAGAUUGCUGGAGUACCUAAAGUAUACUCUGGACCAGUAUGUAGAGAACGAUUAUACAGUUGUCUACUUUCACUAUGGCCUGAAGAGUCUGAAUAAACCAUCUCUGAAAUGGUUACAGACAGCAUACAAAGAAUUUGACAGGAAGUACAAGAAAAACCUUAAAGCACUCUAUGUUGUACAUCCAACCAACUUCAUAAAAAUUCUGUGGAAUAUCUUUAAACCUCUUAUAAGCCAUAAAUUUGGGAAAAAAGUCACCUACUUGAACUAUUUAAGUGACCUGAGAGAGCAUCUCAAAUAUGACCAGCUAAAUAUCCCUCAAGAAGUCAUACGACAUGAUGAAAAUCUUCGGGGAAAACAGAAGGGAAAACUGCCACCUGUGGUUAAGGUUCCUCCACCACGGCCACCUCUACCUACCCAGCAAUUUGGAGUCAGCCUGCAAUAG